ACCUCCCGGUCUCCGGGUUCGCACGUUCCUCAAAGUUCCGCAAUGUUGUUGUAGCAGCAUAGUUAUGGCAUAGUAGCAGCACCAAAAUUUUAGAUACAGAGGUCCACAUCUCCGCAACAUGCCCGUUGUAGGCAGUCCUUUUGCGAUAGAUCAACGAAACCCGAGCGCUGCACUCGUCGACCUGUAGCUGUUCAGCGCGCGUGUGUUGCAGGACACUUCCGAUGGCACCGACAAUGACCCGGCCGCCGGCGGAACUUUUCCGCAUACCGUUUCGGAUAUUGGCAGUGACGACCGUAUUCCUUCCCUUCAGUUCGUUCGUCUUCUGUGUCCUGUGGUCGCUGAUGUACAACUUUUCCUCGGUCACCUCGACGCACUGUGGGGUGGCAAACUAUCUUCCGUCCAUCAGUGCAGCUGUGGGGGGCCACACACCGCAGCGCUACAUUUGGCGCUGCGGGGUCGGCUUGCACACUGCUCCUAGGCUUCUCAUCUGUGCCAUGUACCAUCGCUACUACAAGAACAUGCUUGACGCCCAACAUCAGUAUGUUGCACGAAUUGCUUCCUGGAUAAGCUUUGUCGAGAUCUUCUCAUUGCUGGGCCUCUCCAACGUCACGUCUACUGAAAACUAUGCUGCCCAUGAAAAGAUGUUUAUAUCUUUCAUAUUGUGCUCGCUUAUGUACAUGAUACUGUGCUGUGUUAUACCAAGCCUCGGACGAAGACGUUCGCUGUCUAGCGUGGAGGAGUACUCCUUGAAGUUGAAGAAGCAGCUGACAGUAGGGUCUCUCAUCCUCUGCGUGCUGUGCACCUACUUUUUCAUUCGUCAUACCACACGCUGCGAACCAUUGAUGUACACGCUCUUUGCUUUAACCGAGUACAUUGUGGUGUUAUGCAACAUGGGCUUCCAUAUGACCGCCUACUGGGACUUCGCGGACAAGGCGCUUUAUGUUUCAAACAUUCAGUGUGAAGGCACAGGAGACAAGGAACGACUUCUACCAUUGGAUCAAGAUGUUUGAUUGGUUGUGCCACUGAGAAAAGAUCCUUGAACAAUAACCUCGAACAACAUCAGUGUUCACCUCUAAUGAAUACACCACGUCUUGUGCCCCUAGACGGUCUGCACGUUUUUAGUAGACCGAAAAUUGCCGUAGGCGGCUUCUUUUCCGAUCAAAUUUGCUCGCACUUUCCUUUCAGAUCAAAUUGUAUGCUUGGAAGAAUCCACCACCGAGACCUUGGUACGGGUAAAUAAAGCCCUCUAGGUUUGCCUCUUCCGUUAUGGCGAGGGAAGACCAGUUUUAAACUAGGACUUCGUAUUUUACGAGAUUGGGUAUGCACUGUGAUAUUUGUUAGUGCAGGAGCUGGGUUCCUGUACCCAUCUGUAAUUACUGUCUUUGUAAACAACCAGUUUGUCGUGGAAUCUUACACAA